CUUGUCCCAGCCUUGGCUGGGUGGAGAAUGGUGUCGCCUAGCAGCCGCCGCCGCUAAUGCUUGCUGGGAACCAGUUGGCGGGAUCCAGUGUCCGCUUGGAACCGCGCUGGGGAGCGGUCGGGCAUAGCUGCGGGCCCGGCUUGGUGGAUGCGGUAGAUAAGAAACCUCCGCUGGUUGCCAGGCGUGCUGGGUGGAUCCUGGCGAUAAAGCAUUGCUAAAGAAUUCAAGAUGCCACCUAAUAUAAACUGGAAAGAAAUAAUAAAAGUUGACCCAGAUGACCUGCCUCGUCAAGAAAAAUUGGCAGAUAAUUUAUUGGUUUCUUUAUCCAAGGUGGAAGUAAAUGAGCUAAAAAAUCAAAGUCAAGAAAACGUGAUACACCUUUUCAGAAUUACUCAGUCACUAAUGAAGAUGAAAGCUCAAGAAGCAGAGCUAGCUUUGGAAGAAAUUGAUAAAGCUGGAGAAGAACAAGCAAAAGUUGAAAAUAAAUUCCAAACUGAAUUAAUGAGACUGGAAAGUGAACUGGAGAUGGCACAACAGUCUACAGGUGGACGUGACACUCGGUUUUUACGUGAUGAAAUUCACCAGCUUGAAAAGCAAUUGGAACAAAAAGAUAGAGAAUUGGAGGACAUGGAAAAGGAGUUGGAGAAAGAGAAGAAAGUUAAUGAACAAUUGGCUCUUCGAAAUGAGGAAGCAGAAAAUGAAAACAGCAAAUUAAGAAGAGAGAAUGAACAGCUUCGUCAAGAUGUUAUUGACUAUCAGAAACAAAUAGAUUCACAAAAAGAAACACUGUUAUCAAGAAGAGGAGAAGACAGUGACUAUCGAUCACAAUUGUCUAAAAAAAACUAUGAACUUGUUCAAUAUUUGGAUGAAAUUCAGACUUUAACAGAAGCUAAUGAGAAAAUUGAAGUUCAGAAUCAAGAAAUGAGAAAAAAUCUAGAAGAGUCUGUACAGGAAAUGGAGAAGAUGACUGAUGAAUAUAAUAGAAUGAAAGCUAUUGUGCAUCAGACAGAUAAUAUAAUGGACCAAUUAAAAAAAGAAAAUGAGCAUUAUCAGCUUCAAGUGCAGGAGCUUACAGAUCUUCUAAAAGCAAAAAAUGAAGAAGAUGAUCCAAUCAUGGUAGCUGUUAAUGCAAAAGUAGAAGAAUGGAAGUUAAUUUUGUCUUCUAAAGAUGAUGAAAUUAUUGAAUAUCAGCAAAUGUUACAUAACCUAAGGGAGAAACUGAAAAAUGCCCAGCUUGAUGCUGAUAAAAGUAACGUUAUGGCUCUACAACAGGGUAUACAAGAACGAGACAGUCAUAUUAAGAUGCUCACUGAGCAAGUAGAACAAUAUACAAAGGAAAUGGAAAAAAAUACGUUUAUUAUUGAAGAUUUGAAAAAUGAGCUCCAAAGAAACAAAGGUGCUUCAACACUUUCUCAACAGAAUCAUUAUAUGAAAAUGCAAUCUAAGGUUCAAAUUUUAGAAGAGAAGACUAAAGAGGCUGAGAGAACAGCUGAACUGGCUGAGGCUGAUGCUAAGGAAAAGGAUAAAGAACUAGUUGAGACUCUGAAGCGAUUAAAAGAUUAUGAAUCUGGAGUAUAUGGUUUAGAAGAUGCUGUUAUUGAAAUAAAGAAUUGUAAAAACCAAAUUAAAAUAAGAGAUCGGGAGAUUGAAGGAUUGACAAAGGAAAUCAAUAAACUUGAGAUGAAGAUCAAUGAUUUCCUCGAUGAAAAUGAGGCACUUAGAGAGCGUGUGGGCCUUGAACCGAAGACAAUGAUUGAUUUAACUGAAUUUAGAAAUAGCAAAAGUUUAAAACAGCAUCAGUACAGAGCCGAAAACCAGAUUCUUUUGAAAGAGAUUGAAAGUUUAGAGGAAGAACGACUUGACCUGAAAAAAAAAAUCCGCCAAAUGGCUCAAGAAAAAGGAAAAAGAACUGCAACUUCAGGCUUAAUAGUUGAGGACCUGAACCUAACAGAAAACUUUUCUCAAGAAAAUAGAAUGGGAGAAAGAAAAUUUGAUUUCAUGAGCCUUGAAAAUAUGAAUGCAGCACAUUCAAAGAGUGAAUUUCUUUCAAGAGAACUAAUUGAAAAAGAAAGAGAUUUAGAAAGAAGUAAAACAAUAAUAGCCAAAUUUCAGAGUAAAUUAAAAGAAUUAGUUGAAGAAAAUAAACAACUUGAAGGAGGUAUGAAAGAAAUAUUGCAAGCUAUUAAGGAAAUGCAGAAAGAUCCUGAUGUUAAUGGAGGAGAAACAUCUCUAAUAAUUCCUAGUCUUGAAAGACUAGUUAAUGCAAUGGAAUCAAAGAAUGCAGAAGGAAUCUUCGAUGCCAAUCUCCAUUUGAAAACCCAAGUUGACCAAUUUACUGGGAGGAAUGAAGAAUUAAGACAGGAGCUCAGGGAAGCUCGAAAGGAGGCUAUAAAUUAUUCUCAGCAGUUGGCAAAAGCAAAUUUAAAGAUUGAUCAUCUUGAAAAAGAAACCAGUCUUUUACGGAAAUCAGAAGGAUCAAAUGUUGUUUUUAAAGGAGUAGACUUACCUGAUGGAAUAGCACCAUCUAGUGCCAAUAUUAUUAAUUCUCUGAAUGAAUAUUUAAUACAUAUUUUACAGGAACUAGAAUAUAAAGAAAAUAAGUUAAAGGAUUUAGAAGAUUCUCUUGAAGAGUAUAACAGAAAAUUUGCAGUAAUUCGUCAUCAACAAAGCUUAUUAUAUAAAGAAUAUCUAAGUGAAAAGGAGACCUGGAAAACAGAAUCUGAAACAAUGAAAGAGGAAAAGAAAAAACUUGAUAGUCAAAUUCAACAAGAUGCUAUAAAAGUAAAAGAAUAUAAUAACUUGCUCAGCACUCUUCAGAUGGAUUCAGAUGAAAUGAAAAGAACACUUUCCGAUUAUAGUAGAAAAAUCACUGUCUUGCAAGUCAAUGAAAAGUCACUCAUAAGACAAUAUACUACUUUAAUAGAAAUGGAGCACCAACUUAGAAAAGAAAAUGACAAACAGAAGAAUGAAUUGAUAUCAAUGGAAGCUGAAGUUGGUGAAAAAAUUGGACGUUUACAACGAUUUAAGGAGAUGGCCAUUUUCAAGAUUGCUGCUCUCCAAAAAGUUAUGGAUAAUAGUGUUUCUCUGUCUGAACUAGAAUUGGCCAAUAAACAAUACAAUGAAUUGACUGCUAAGUACAGGGACAUCUUGCAAAAAGAUAAUGUGCUUGUUCAAAGAACAAACAACUUGGAACACCUAGAGUGUGAAAAUGCAUCUCUAAAAGAGCAAAUAGAGUCUAUAAGUAAAGAACUAGAGAUUACUAAGGAAAAACUUCACACUAUUGAACAAGCCUGGGAAAAAGAAACUAAAUUAGGAAAUGAAUCUAACAUGGAUAAGACAAAGAAAUCAAUAACCAACAGUGAGAUUGCUUCUAUUUCAAAAAAAAUCACUAUGCUAGAGAUGAAGGAAUUAAAUGAAAGGCAGCGGGCUGAACAUUCUCAGAAAAUGUAUGAACACAUAAAGACUUCAUUAAAACAAAUGGAAGAACGUAAUUUUGAAUUGGAAACCAAAUUUGCUGAGCUUACCAAAAUAAACUUGGAAGCACAGAAGGUGGAACAGAUGUUAAGAGAUGAACUAGCUGGUAGUGUGAGCAAAACAGUAAGUGAUGCUGAUAGACAACGGAUUCUAGAAUUAGAGAAGAAUGAAAUGGAACUAAAAGUGGAAGUGUCAAAACUGAGAGAGAUUUCUGACAUUGCCAAAAGGCAAGUUGAAAUUUUGAAUGUACAACAACAGUCCAGGGAAAAGGAAGUAGAGUCCAUCAGAAUGCAACUGUUAGACUAUCAGGCACAGUCGGACGAAAAGGCACUAAUUGCCAAGUUGCACCAACACCUUGUCUCUCUUCAAAUUAGUGAGGUUACUGCUCUUGGUAAGUUGGAGUCAGUCACAUCAAAACUGCAGAAGAUGGAGGCCUAUAAUUUGCGUUUAGAACAGAAACUGGAUGAAAAGGAACAGGCUCUCUAUUAUGCCCGUUUGGAGGGGAGAAACAGAGCAAAACAUCUGCGCCAAACAAUUCAGUCCCUGCGACGCCAGUUCAGUGGAGCUUUGCCUUUGGCACAGCAGGAGAAGUUCUCUAAGACCAUGAUUCAGUUACAAAAUGACAAACUGAAGAUAAUGCAAGAAAUGAAAAAUUCUCUACAAGAACAUAGAAAUAUGGAGAACAAAACAAUGGAGAUGGAAUUAAAGUUAAAGGGGUUAGAAGAGUUAGUAAGCACUUUAAAGGAUGCCCGGGGAGCCCAAAAGGUAAUCAGUUGGCAUAUGAAAAUAGAAGAACUCCGUCUUCAAGAGCUUAAAUUAAAUCGAGAAUUAGUCAAGGAUAAAGAAGAAAUAAAAUAUUUGAAUAAUAUAAUUUCUGAAUAUGAGCAUACAAUCAGCAGUCUGGAGGAAGAAAUUGUGCAGCAGAACAAGUUUCAUGAAGAAAGGGAAAUGGCCUGGGAUCAAAGAGAAGUUGAGCUGGAACGUCAACUAGACAUUUUUGACCGUCAGCAAAAUGAAAUACUAAAUGCAGCACAAAAGUUUGAAGAUGUUAUAGGAUCAAUGCCAGACCCGAGCUUGCCCCUUCCAAAUCAACUUGAGAUUGCUCUAAGAAAAAUUAAGGAGAAUGUUCAAAUAAUUCUAGAAACACGGGCAACUUGUAAAUCACUAGAGGAGAAGCUAAAAGAAAAAGAAUCUGCUUUACGGUUAGCAGAGCAAAAUAUUUUGUCAAGAGACAAAGUAAUCAACGAACUCAGGCUUCGUUUACCUGCCACCGCAGAACGAGAAAAGCUUAUAGCUGAACUAGGCAGAAAGGAGGUAGAACCACAGUUCUAUCACACAUUGAAAAUUGCUCAGCAGACUAUUGCAAACAUGCAAGCAAGGCUGAAUCAGAAGGAAGACAUGUUAAAGAAGUAUCAGCGUCUUCUGGAAAAAGCCAGAGAGGAGCAAAGAGAAAUUGUUAAGAAACAUGAAGAAGAUCUUCAUAUUCUUCAUCAUAAAUUAGAACUACAGGCUGAUAGUUCACUCAAUAAAUUCAAACAAACAGCUUGGGAUUUACUAAAACAGUCUCCUACUCCAGUUCCUACCAACAAGCAUUUUAUUCGUUUGGCUGAGAUGGAACAGACAGUAGCAGAACAAGAUGACUCUCUUGCUUCACUUUUGAUAAAACUAAAAAAAGUGUCUCAAGAAUUGGAGAGACAAAAAGAAAUCACUGAGUUAAAAAUCAAAGAUUUUGAAAAUACCAAAUUACGGCUCCAAGAAAAUCAUGCAGCUGAAGUGAAAAAAGUGAAAGCACAAGUAGAGGAUUUAAGGUGCCUUCUGGCCCAGUCCCAAAAUGAGUUACAGAGUUUAAAAUCUGAACUUCAGGCUCAAAAAGAAGCAAAUUCAAGAGCUCCAACAAGGACAAUGAAAAAUCUAGUGGAAAGGUUAAAGAGCCAAUUAUCCCUUAAAGAGAAACAACAAAAAGCACUUAGUCGAGCACUUUUGGAACUCAGAGCAGAAAUGACAGCAGCGGCUGAAGAACGUAUUAUUUCUGCAACCUCUCAGAAAGAGGCGAAUCUCAAUGUUCAACAGAUUGUUGAUCGACAUACCAAAGAGCUAAAGUCACAAAUUGAAGAUUUAAGUGAAAAUCUUUUAACAUUGAAAGAAGCUCUUAAAACAAGUAAAAACAAAGAAAGUUCACUAACUGAUAAUUUGAAUGACUUAACUAAUGAACUACAAAAAAAACAAAAAGCCUAUAAUAAAGUGCUUAGAGAAAAAGAUGAAAUUGAACAAGAGAAUGAUGAACUGAAAAGUCAAAUAAAAAGACUAACCAGUGGAUUACAGGGUAAAACUCUGAUAGAUAAUAAACAAAGUUUAAUUGAAGAACUCCAAAAGAGAAUUAAAAAGCUAGAAAGCCAACUAGAAAGAAAAGUGGAUGAGGUAGAAAUAAAGCCUAUGAAAGAAAAGAGUGCUAGAGAAGAAUUAAUUAAGUGGGAAGAAGGUAAAAAAUGGCAAAGCAAAAUAGAGGGAAUGCGAAACAAGUUAAAAGAGAAAGAAGGGGAAAUCUAUAUUUUAACAAAGCAAUUGAAUACUGUGAAGGAUCUUUUUGCCAAAGUUGAUAAAGAGAAACUAACUUUGCAGAGGAAACUAAAAACAACUGGUAUGACUGUUAAUCAAGUUAUGGGAGUGCAAGCUUUGGAGUCAGAAAAAAAGUUGGAAGAAUUAAAAAAGAGAAAUCUUGACUUAGAAAAUGAGAUAUCAUAUAUGAGGACCCAUCACGCUCUUCCUCGAGAUUCUGUUAUAGAAGAUUUACGUUUACAAAACAGAUACCUCCAAGAAAAACUUCAUGCUUUGGAGAAACAGUCUUCAAAGGAUACCUCUUCUAGGCCUUCUGAAUAUAAAGUCAAAGAAGAGAAUGAACUAGUGAAGAAUGGGAAAGGAAAGGAACACAUAGCUGAAGACCUCAGUCACAGCAGCUGCACAGACCCAGAAGAAUCUCCCGGGGAGGACCAGGCUCCUGCCACAGUUGCUGCUGCAGUGGAUCAGUGUGCUGGGGAGGCUAACUCUGAGACUGACGUACCAGUCCGGCCAGGAAAUGGCGGGCCCCAGACUUCAGAAAUAGAGUCAGAUGAUCAUUGGCAAAGAGAACAGGAGCUUCAGAGGGAAAACUUGAAGUUGUCAUCUGAAAAUAUUGAACUAAAAUUUCAGCUUGAACAAGCAAAUAAAGAUUUGCCAAGAUUGAAGAAUCAAGUAAGAGAUUUGAAGGAAAUGUGUGAAUUUCUUAAAAAAGAAAAAGCAGAAGUUGAGCGGAAACUUGGCCAUGUUAGAGGGUCCGGCAGAAGUGGAAAGACAAUCCCAGAACUAGAAAAAACCAUUGGUUUAAUGAAAAAAGUAGUUGAAAAAGUCCAAAGAGAAAAUGAACAGUUGAAAAAAGCAUCAGGAAUACUGACCAGUGAAAAAAUGGCUAAUAUUGAGCAGGAAAAUGAAAAGUUGAAGGCUGAAUUAGAAAAACUUAAAGCUCAUCUUGGACGACAGUUGAGCAUGCACUAUGAAUCCAAGACCAAAGGCACAGAGAAAAUUGUUGCUGAAAAUGAACGUCUUCGUAAAGAACUUAAAAAAGAAACUGAAGCUGCAGAGAAAUUGCGGAUAGCCAAGAAUAACUUAGAGAUAUUGAAUGAGAAGAUGACAGUUCAGCUAGAAGAGACGGGAAAGAGGUUACAGUUGGCGGAAAGUAGAGGUCCACAGCUCGAGGGUGCUGACAGCAAGAGCUGGAAAUCAAUUGUUGUUACAAGGAUGUAUGAAACCAAAUUGAAAGAAUUGGAAACUGAUAUUGCCAAAAAAGCACAAAGCCUUACUGAUCUUAAACAGCUUGUAAGACAAGCAACAAAGAGGGAACAAAAAGUUAAGAAAUACACCGAAGACCUUGAGCAACAGAUUGAGAUUCUCAAACAUAUUCCUGAAGGUGCUGAAACAAAGCAAGGCCUUCAAAGGGAGCUUCAAGUUCUUAGAUUAGCUAAUAGUAAGCUGGAAAAAGAAAAAGAAGAAUUAAUCCAUCAGACAGAAGUACACAAAGACCAAGGCGGAGCUGAGAGCACCUUACAUGAUCAUGAUCAACUAAAGGAAAAGAUAAAGGAUCUAGAGACACAGCUGAAGACUUCAGAUCUAGAAAAGCAGCAUUUGAAGGAGGAAAUAAAAAAGCUGAAGAAAGAACUGGAAAAUGUUGAUCCGUCGUUUUUUGAAGAAAUCGAAGAUCUGAAGUAUAACUACAAAGAAGAAGUUAAAAAAAAUAUUCUUUUAGAAGAGAAGUUAAAAAAACUUUCUGAACAAUUUGGAGUUGAAUUAACUAGUCCUGUUGCUGCUUCUGAACAGUUUGAAGACGAAGAGGGAAGUCCUGUCAAUUUCCCUACUUAUUAAGGGCCAGCUAUAAUUACAGUUUUUA